GGCCCUGCUACUUCCCUAUGCUAAACUUCUCUUGUUGCUGACAGCAGUUUACUAUCUCUUUGUGUAUUCCGGACACAUUUGCUUAUAUUAUAGACAUGCAGUUGAGCUGUGAUAAUCAUCUUCUAUCAACUUCUUUGGCAUGUACCCUGUGCAAGCUUUUGUCUUCUCUGCAAAGAAUAUGGCUUUUUACAUAAAGUGAGCUCUUUCAGUGUAAAAUACUAGUGGAAAUGAGGGAUAGGUACUUUUUGCCUUGAUGUGGCAAGUUGAGGAAACUGCUCUGUUGUGGCAUUAAUGUUGAUGUCAAGAUAAAAACUACAAGCUAGUCAAAAUAAAAACUACAGUGCCUUGCCUCCACCAGGAUUUUAUACUGAAAUAAUUAUCUUGAUGUAAAAUCACACUUUUUUUUUUUGCGGUGAGCUAUAACCACAGCCUGGCUUUCUCUAAUUAAGUGGGAGCUACACAAUCUGCCUGCAAGGCACAAGUUCAGACAUACAUGCCCUCUACAGUGAUGGCAGCUGGCUUUAAGAACUAAAGUCAUAUCUAACCAGUACCAAAUUUGAAUCCAGAACCCUGAGCACUGGUUAGAUUGGAAAAUAACUCAUAGAAUUCUAGGAAUGAGGAUGGAGCUAUUAGCUGUGAGAUGGACCCUGUGUCAAUGGAUAAUGAAAUAAAUUGCAUCCAUUCUUUGAGAUGUCUAAAGUUUUCCUAAAGGACAGGAUGCAGUAGGUCAGCUUCUCUCAAAGAAGUGGCUGUUUGGCCCUUAGUAAGAGAAAGAGAUAUGAAGGUUUAACCAAUUAACCGGUAAACCUCACCCUUAAUGGCAGGGGGCUGUUCUAGCCAAGAGAGGUGUCUGCUGUGGAAAAGGGCUGUUCUAACCUCUUUUUAAGGAAACGGGUGGCUAUCGCUCAAGACGCUUUCCUUCUUGAAGAACCCCAGAGCUACUGGAUCGUAUCAGUGUUUGAUGAAUCAGUGCAACGUUUCUUCAGCCCUUUGUGUAUGAUCAAGACAUCCUGCAAUGCAGAGCCAAGAUAAAGGAAUUCCAUCAGUUGUACCAGAAGAUGAAGGAGGCAACCAGUCUGGUGCUGCACUGAACACAUGCCAUUUUUAUAAAGAACUGGGCACGCUUCUCGGUGGGGACACCAUGCCCGUACCCAAGGAACCUGUGGAUUCUUUCCAUGGCACAGAGUCAGAAACAGGACUUCACCUGGAAGCAGAAGUUCUUGAUGAAGAGAUGGAAGUGGUCAAGGAGGAGGGGGUUCAUUGUGGGCCAACCUGUGCACCAGGCAGCGAGGAAUUUGUUGUUCUCAUGCCCUAGGAGUCUUAGCACCUAUACGUGAAGCAUGAAGCAAGGGAAGAGUUGCAGGACCAGUCCUUAAGAAGUCAGGUAUGCUCCCCCACAGACUCUUUUUCAACUAAGAAAAAAAACCUCAGAAGACGAGAGAAGAUCUAGUCAAGGAGGUUUUGCAGCAUUCAACACUUCAAACACAGAAAAGGGAGUAAAGGAGGGUCAGGGAGAUGAAAGUCAGAACAGAAGCCACUGAGUGCAUGCUAAAGCUCAUGGAGGACCAAAAUGAGAUCCUGAAGUGUCUUCUCAGUAUGAAGAGUGAACAGAGCCAAAGGCCUCCAUGUCAGCACAUGCAGAAUUCUUUUCACAGCAACUCUUCCUCUAUGCUCACAUGCUCAUUUUCACUGUCAGAUUGAACAAUCCAUUCCUACCUCAGCCAAACAGGCUCCUUCCAAAGAUGCCACCUUCCCCACCAUCAGGUCCUGCACAUCUCUUUAGUCUUGCUGGAAAGUGUUUCAGUUUUGUGGAAUCUACGUAUAAAUAUGAGUUCUGUCCUUUCCAUAAUGUCACUCAGCACGAGCAAACGUUUCGGUGGAAUGCCUACAGUGGGAUUUUAGGUAUCUGGCAUGAAUGGGAAAUUUAUAACAACACAUUUGUUGGCAUGUGGAUGAGAGAAGGGGAUUCAUGUGAAACCAAGAACAGAGAGACAAAGGUUCUUCUUAUUUGUGGAAAAAACAAUAAAUUGGCUCACGUGUCUGAGCCGAGUACUUGUGUUUACUCUCUAACAUUUGAGACUCCUCUUGUUUGCCAUCCUCAUUCACUUUUAGUGUAUCCAACCCUGACUGAAGUCCUACGACAGAAGUGGGAUGAAGCAGAGCAGUCUCUUUACGAUGAGUUAAUAACUGAACAGGGAUACAAAAAGCUAUUGAAGAAGAUUUUUGAGGAAGCUGGACUUUUAAGAGCAACAGAGGAAAUGGAGAUGGAAAAACAAAAUAAAAAGUUAAAAAGUCUGGAAUUUGAAACAGUGGAGAAAUGCAAUAAGGAGUACAAGAAACUUUAUAAAGAAAUAAAAAGACUUAAAGACUUACUAACUCAACGUGGUAUUGUGUAUGAAAGUAACUCAGCUGAAAAUACAAGUACCAAACACCUCAUUCAUAAAUUGGUGACUGCAAAGACCAGUGUCCUGAAUAGCUCAAAGACUAAUGAGCAUCUACAUGGAGAGACGGCUGGCAUUUGGAAUGACACCUUUUAAAGAAAUUUGGGUGAUAAAUAUCAAGUUCAAAUAGUCUAAAAUAGUGAGCAAACUGGAUGUGUAUAAUAGUACUAAGAUAAUUUAACAACCUUUUGUGACUAUAUCUAAUGUUCCAUAUUCUUCCCUAAUGGGAAGAGAAUGUUUGAGUUAAUUCUGGUUCUCCCAUUGCAGACAGCUAUUGUAAUUGAGCGUACAAGGUUAAGUUCUAAACGUUCUCUUUGUGGAAAUUAUUACUAAUGAUUGGUGUGCAUGCUCUGCUUUUUAAGUCUCAGUUCUGGGCUAUUUGCCUUAAUCAACUAUUGCAUUAAUUGGCAUGAUAGGCGAUUAGUUGUAGAGCUACACCUGUAUUUCUGCCUGAUGUGAGAAGAAUAGUUUUGUUCUCAAAUUUGAACAGCUUAGUAAACUUUUUAACCCCUAGAGCAGUGGCUGCUUAUUUGGCUUUGAGGGAAGAAGUAGUUCACACUGUACUUCCUAAUCCUAUAAUUCCUAUAGCAGCACUGAUGAGGUUAGAAGAAUGGAAUGAUGAGGAUGAACCUGUGAAGGAAAACAUAAAAUCUGCCUUCAGGUCUUUCAAGUAAAUGAUACGUAGCAUACUCCUGUUUAUCCAGAACCUGAUUAUCCAGACCUCUACAUUAUAUAAAUCCCUCCCUUGUCUCUCAGCAUGAAAUAUAUGUCUACUACAGCAUGCAUCAUAUUCUGUAGGAUAAGAGAGGGAUUCAAAUAAUGUGGAGGUUUGGGUAACAGAUGAGACAUUCCUAGCCAGGAUUGCAAAGAGGAUGAUCUGUUGCUGUGGAGAAGAUCAACUUGCUCCGAAUGGGUCCCUCUACAUCACUGAUGUCAUAAGAGUAAAUGAGGCUAACACAGCAGAAUGGCAGAGGGCCACAGGGCUAGUGAUAGCAUAUCCCUGAAGGCACAAGGUGUAGUGGGAAGGCUCUGAUUCUGGUGAGGCAGAGCAGAGGUCUUGGCAACCUUCCUUGCAUCUGCAGGGAAUUGGGUAUCACUUGUUCUAAGGCUGCAGAGGCAGCCCUCUGCAACUCUGCUGUUACAGAGGCAAGUGAAUGAGGCAGAGAUGAGAAUGACAGGCUCCUGAUGUGGAGCUCCCCCUCCGCCGUUGUUUGAUGGUUUCUUGAUUUGAACCAAAUCUGUGUCCCUCAAGCUAUUCAGGUAAUUAGGAGAGCAGUUUUGAAAAAAAGAUAGAAGGAAAUGACCAUAUAAAGACUGGAGAAAUUACUCCACUUUCAAGCUGUAAGGUGCAAAUAUUUUUUCUUUUAACAUCUAUUUCCUCCCUACCAGCUAAUAUUCACCUCUCACCAGUCUCUAACAAUAACAGAUUCUUGUCUAAGACAAACCAUCACACUGUUUACUAAAAGUUGGGACUAGCAGAGUGAUCAUGUGAAAGUAGGAUGCUCGCCUCUUAACCUUCUGUUUUGCCUCAGAUGGCCAUGGUGCUCUCGUGUAAGUUAUUUUCUAUCACAGCUUCGGUGUUGGCUCAUUUCUUUGGUUCUGCUCCUCUCAUCCACUUCUGACUUGUCACUCUAGGCAUCCAAGGCUUGUUCCUGAUCCUUCUAGUCGGGUAUUGGCGGACUAUCAAACACUAUUGUGUGCAGUUUGUAUUUACUACUCAAAACUUGCAUUGUAAUAGAUUUUAAAUCAAGGAAA